UGGUUUUGGUUUUAACUUGUUGGGUAAGUAAGGAAAGCAAAGGAAACCCAAUACUAAGAAACAAGUAUAUCCCCAAUUUUUUGAGUCAUUUUCUCUUUUACUUUCUCUUCUCUCUCUUCACUCUCAUUUUUCGAAUUCCGCUCUCUGCAAAAACCCCAACCCUAGAAAUUACCAGAGAGCUUUCAAUCGAAACCCUAGCUCCUCACCAAUCGAUCCGAUUACACCUUCGGUGGUUAUGGCGACUACGGUGAGCUCGGCGGGUGGCCUUUUGGCUAUGCUCAACGAAAGCCAUCCUCUACUCAAGCUCCACGCCCUAUCUAAUCUCAACAAUUUGGUCGAUAAUUUCUGGCCUGAGAUCUCUACCAGCGUUCCCAUCAUAGAGAGCUUGUAUGAAGAUGAGGAAUUCGAUCAGCACCAACGUCAACUUGCUGCCCUACUUGUGUCAAAGGUUUUCUAUUAUUUGGGUGAACUUAAUGACUCAUUGUCAUAUGCACUUGGAGCUGGUUCCUUGUUUGAUGUAUCGGAGGAUACUGAUUAUGUUCAUACUCUUCUUGCUAAAGCUAUUGAUGAGUAUGCCAGUCUCAAGUCUAAGGCAACAGAAUCAAGUGAUGAAGCAACAAAGGUGGAUCCCAGGUUGGAGGCCAUUGUAGAGAGAAUGCUAAAUAAAUGCAUCUUGGAUGGAAAAUAUCAACAAGCUAUGGGAAUUGCAAUUGAAUGCCGAAGAUUGGAUAAACUCGAGGAAGCAAUCACAAAGAGUGAUAAUGUUCAUGGAACUCUAUCAUAUUGUAUCAAUGUCUCCCAUGCCUUUGUGAAUCUCCGUGAAUAUAGACAAGAGGUACUUCGUCUGCUUGUCAAAGUUUAUCAAAAGCUGCCUUCUCCAGACUACUUGAGUAUUUGUCAAUGUCUCAUGUUCUUGGGUGAACCUGAGGGUGUUGCUAGCAUAUUGGAAAAGCUUCUUCGUUCUGAGAACAAGGAUGAUGCCCUCCUUGCUUUUCAAAUAGCCUUUGAUCUGGUAGAGAAUGAGCAUCAGGCUUUUCUCUUAAAUGUAAGAGACCGCCUUCCAGCUCCAAAAGAUCAACCUACAGAGUCAGCGCAGCCAAAAUCUGCUGAGGCGGAAUCUUCUCAAAGUGAAGCUGCUGCUACAGAGGAUGUACAGAUGAAUGAAGUAACUGUACGCGAAGCAGAUCCAAGUGAAGUGACAUAUUCAGAGAGGUUUACAAAAAUCAAGGGAAUUUUGUCGGGAGAGACAUCAAUUCAGUUGACCCUACAAUUUUUGUACAGCCACAACAAAUCCGAUCUUCUAAUUCUGAAGACAAUAAAGCAGUCUGUUGAAAUGAGAAAUAGCGUCUGUCAUAGUGCAACAAUUUAUGCCAAUGCUAUUAUGCAUGCUGGAACUACUGUGGACACAUUUCUCAGGGAGAACCUGGACUGGUUAAGCAGAGCCACAAAUUGGGCCAAAUUUAGUGCUACAGCAGGAUUGGGUGUUAUUCAUAGAGGCCACUUGCAGCAGGGAAGAUCCCUAAUGGCACCUUACUUGCCUCAGGGUGGGGCUGGAGGUGGUGGUAGUCCAUACUCGGAAGGUGGUGCUCUGUAUGCUCUCGGUCUCAUUCAUGCCAACCAUGGUGAGGGUAUCAAACAAUUUCUUCGUGACAGCCUACGAAGUACUAAUGUUGAGGUUAUUCAACAUGGUGCAUGCUUGGGUCUUGGUUUGGCAGCUUUAGGAACUGCUGAUGAGGACAUUUACGAUGAUAUUAAAAGUGUCCUAUAUACUGACAGUGCUGUUGCUGGUGAAGCUGCUGGUAUUAGUAUGGGUUUACUCAUGGUCGGAACAGCAAGUGAGAAAGCUAGUGAGAUGCUUGCUUAUGCUCAUGAGACACAGCAUGAGAAGAUCAUAAGAGGAUUAGCAUUAGGAAUAGCCCUUACAGUCUAUGGAAGGGAAGAAGAAGCGGACACUUUGAUUGAGCAGAUGACUCGUGAUCAAGAUCCUAUACUACGUUAUGGUGGUAUGUAUGCAUUGGCACUGGCCUAUAGUGGUACUGCAAACAACAAGGCCAUCCGCCAGCUUCUUCACUUUGCUGUAUCAGAUGUGAGCGAUGAUGUUAGGAGGACUGCUGUUUUGGCACUUGGGUUUGUACUGUAUUCCGAGCCAGAGCAGACACCUCGAAUUGUUUCCCUGUUAUCUGAGUCUUACAACCCACAUGUUCGAUACGGAGCGGCUCUUGCUGUGGGCAUCUCUUGUGCUGGUACUGGGCUGAGUGAAGCUAUUUCUUUGUUAGAGCCUUUGACGUCAGAUGUUGUUGACUUUGUUCGUCAAGGUGCUCUCAUUGCAAUGGCUAUGGUAAUGGUCCAGAUUAGUGAAGCCAGUGAUUCUCGUGUUGGAACAUUCAGGCGGCAGUUGGAAAAAAUAAUUCUCGAUAAGCAUGAAGACACGAUGAGCAAGAUGGGAGCCAUUCUGGCCUCCGGAAUUCUUGAUGCCGGUGGAAGGAAUGUCACCAUAAGGUUGCUUUCUAAGACUAAGCAUGACAAAAUUACUGCAGUUGUGGGUCUUGCUGUUUUCAGCCAGUUUUGGUAUUGGUACCCACUUAUUUAUUUCGUAAGCUUGGCAUUCUCGCCUACUGCUUUUAUUGGACUGAACUAUGACUUGAAGGUUCCAAAGUUCGAUUUCCUAUCACACGCAAAACCUUCUCUUUUUGAAUAUCCUAAACCAACUACCGUGCCCACUACCACGUCAGCUGCUAAACUUCCCACUGCUGUUCUUUCAACAUCAGUUAAAGCAAAAGCUAGAGCUAAUAAGAAAGAAGCAGAAAAAGCCAUUGCUGAAAAGUCAACAGCGGCUGCAGAGCCUUCGGUUGCUGGGCCAACUACAGGAAAAGGAAAAUCUUCUACUGAGAAAGAUGGAGACUCUAUGCAGGUUGACACUCCACCAGAGAAGAAAUCAGAGCCCGAGCCAACUUUUGAGAUUCUGACUAAUCCGGCCAGGGUUGUUCCUUCUCAAGAGAAAUUCAUCAAAUUUCUGGAAGAAAGCAGAUACGUGCCAGUGAAGUUAGCACCCUCGGGGUUUGUCCUUCUUAGAGACUUGAGACCUACCGAGCCCGAAGUGCUCUCACUUACAGAUACACCCUCAUCUACUGCAUCACCAGCCGGUGGAGCAGCAGCAACAUCCACAGCAGGACAGCAGGGUUCAGGUUCAGCCAUGGCAGUUGACGAGGAACCUCAGCCGCCUCAACCUUUCGAAUUUACCUCGUGAAUCUGAUUUUGUUAGUGUUAAUUUUCCGUUGUCGUGGUUGUCAUGGUUUAGCGGCAGAGAUUAUGGGCACCUUCUUUUGUGGAGACUGAUGCAAAUUGUUGCGAAUACUACCCCGCAACCACCUCUACUAGUUGUGGCUAAUCCCGAGUUCUAUUUGCCACCAAUGGCUCGGCUACUUUUCUUCCCUCAGUUAUGGUUGAUCUCCAUUAAACUGUUUUUCCAUGAUUAUUUAUACUUUUAUGCUUAUAAGUUGGGGAGGUCUAGUAGCUCCAAUUGCCUUUCUUGGAGAAGUGAAAAGGAAAAUGAAAAGAAAAAAAAAAGAAUGUAUACUGUAUAAUCUCCCUCCAUCCAAUGGGACAUUUUUUUUAAAUCUCUCUGCCAUGACUUUGGGAAAAAAUUUAUGUUCUUUUUCUUUUCUGCA